AUGGGGCAAAGCGCCGAGCUAAUCGCAGCCAAACGAUGCUUGCAUGUGAUACUGAAAUGUUUUGACUAUGAGAAGAAGGAAUUACAUUCGGCGCGUUUAAAAGAGCUGAAAACAUUGGUCAGAAAUCAUUCGGAUAUCAUUGUUGGUCUGGUGGAAUAUUUGCUCAAGAUCGUUCGUCAAGAGAAUAGCGAUCGCCGUUUGGCUAUACUCUUGAUUUGUGACUGCUUCUUUCAAAGAUCACACGCCUUCCGUGUAGAACUCACUAAGUCACUUCAGGUUACUAUUCAAUGUGCUUAUUUUAACGAUAUAUGA